AUGCUCCCAAUAGCUCGACAAUCAGCCCUACGGGCAGUACGUGCGCAGACGGCUCCGAGACCCCUCCUGACACCUGCGCAAGCGUCAUUUCUCGCACGACUGCUCUCCACGCUCGCGAUUCUGGAACAAAAGGACGGAAAACUCAACACCGGAUCCUUGGGUGCAGUCACCGCGGGGGCCGAGCUCGGAGGCUCGGUGCACGGCUUCGUGGCCGGCAAAGCUGCAAAGACCAUCGCUCAAGAAGCAGCUAAAAUCAAAGGACUCGAGAAAGUGAUUGCCGUGGAGAAUGAAGCCUACGAGAGGGGUCUGCCGGAAAACUGGGCACCACUGCUGGUAGAAAACAUCAAGAAAGGCGGAUAUUCACAUGUCAUUGCUUCACAUUCGGCCUUUGGAAAGAGUUUAUUACCGCGGGUUGCGGCCUUGUUGGACGUCCAACAGAUCUCGGAUGUGAUGAAUAUCGAGGGCGAAGACACAUUUGUCCGCCCCAUUUACGCUGGUAACGCGAUCCUCACUGUCAAAUCCACCGACUCGACGAAACUCCUCACCGUACGCCAGACGUCCUUUGCCCCCACGGAGACAGAAGGUGGGUCCGCGGCCGUUGAAGACGGUGUCGACCCCAAAGCCGAGUCACCCACGGAAUGGGUGUCGGAGAGCCUGGCCAAGUCUGACAGACCGGAACUCGCGUCAGCCGAGAAGGUCGUCUCGGGCGGACGAGGCUUGAAAUCAAAAGAGGAGUUCGACCGGCUCAUCCCUCCCUUGGCGGACGCGCUGGGCGCUGCAAUCGGUGCCUCCCGCGCUGCGGUUGACAGCGGUUUUGCAGACAACAGUCUCCAAGUUGGGCAGACGGGCAAGAACGUGGCGCCUCAGUUAUACCUCGCGGCCGGCAUUUCGGGUGCGAUUCAACAUCUGGCGGGCAUGAAGGACAGCAAGGUCAUAGCGUGCAUCAACAAGGAUGCCGAUGCGCCGAUUUUCCAGGUCGCAGACGUGGGACUUGUGGGCGACUUGUUCGAGAAGGUGCCUGAGUUGACGGAAAAGCUGAAGUCACAAUCAUAG